AUGAGUACACUUUUGGAGGUGAAAAACCGAGAGAGUUUCAGGGGCUAUGAAUCUGGAUACUUGUUCGUGCACUUACUUGCCCUUCGUGUAAAUACCUCAAGCUUUUCAGACAUCAUAGUCACAGACUAUUCUAGCAAUCCCAAUGUUGCAAGCGAUUGGAAUCGUAUGAAUGUUUUUGGCGGCCACGAACUUCCCCAUGAUCUGCUCCUUCAUCUACAGAUGCCGCUAGAUACUGUUCGUCGCCUAUGCUCGGAAUUUCAUGCCAAAAAUAAUGGAAAAGCACUCUUCGAAGGCAUUGAUACUCCUGGCGAAGAAAACAACUGGAUCGAUGUGAGUGAAAGAUUUUGUCUUACUCGUAUAGAGGUCAAGCUCCGCAAAACUGUGAGCAAAUUGACCGGAAGAGUGACAAAUGCAAACAUAGCCGAUCUUGAUAACAGUCCACAGUCAUCAGAGUUUUGGAACAGGUUUUUAUGCCUGCCCUUUGUCAACUUACCGGGACAGACUCAUCUCAGACCAUCAGAGGUGCUACAACGUCUUCAAGGUAUUGCCUCAGAACCAUUAGGGAAUGAAUUAACUGAAGACCCUGUUAAGAUUGAGACAAUGGAUUCAGACCUUGACUCUCAGACAAAAUUGCAGGAUAUUCUUGAGCCUACUUCCCAAUUUAGUGAAGGGGAGCGGAAGAUGUCAGGAAUUACUCUGCAACAACAAGAGAUCCCUGCUUCUGUCCAUGGGCAAUAUUUACACGACCUGCCACUCUCACAGCCGCUGCAAGCGGGCCAACUGCUGCUGAAUCAAGAAAUGGACAAUGGCACGCAAUUCUUAACUCAGCUUCCUCAUUCUCAAGCUCUGUUGGCCGACCAAAGAGACGACCAGCAGCUCUUGUCGUUCACUCUGGAUUCCAAUGGAAGCGUCAAGAGCCACUAUAAACUCUCUGAGCUCAAUGAGCUUCCUUUGCGUCCAGACGACAAGAUCUAUCAUACACUGGCAAUAGUGGCUGGUACAAUCCCAGCUAUUCUGAAAACUGUAUGCAAAGGCUGUAAGGUUAUUGAUGGUGAACUCAGCUUGACUGAUCCGCUGACAUCCUCAAUAGAACUUAUCAUCGCGGAUACUUCACCAGACCCAUUGGGCGAAUCGACAUUACUCACACAGCGGAAUAGCCUCACUAUUCAUAUAGCCUCCGAUAAUCUUCUAGGCUUUUUUGGCGUGACAUUCGCUGAACAACUAUACACACAGCUCCCAGACAUUCAGACUAGAUUUAACAAAAGGAAGCCGAGACGGAUACCUCUCCAAUUAGUCUUGACUGAGACCAAGGGUGGCUGCGUUUGGCUGCCCCAAAAUCUCACGAUCAAUGAAAUACUCUGA